AUGAUACCCUCCCGGCCGCUACCAUGCAGCGAGGAGUUCUCUACUCCGCAAGAGUAUACCGAAGCUCUUUUGGAAUUCGUGCAGAACACAGAAAUAUUCCAGAUUUUCUGCGGAGGCGUCCACAUCCUCGAUUUUUUCACCUCAGAUCCGGGCAUUUUUCACUCAGCCCUGCCAGAAGAAUGGAAAAAAUUUCUAGCGCUGAGGAGAUUCUCUCUGAGGAGAGAAUUUGCGCCGCGGCAGCAGAAGCUACCUGUUCUGCCAAGAUCUGUGUCCGUGGGGAUGAAGCCCAAAAAGAUCCACGAAGUUGUCAAUUUCGCAGACUAUGUGGACACCCUCUCGGAAGACAUUUCAAAGCACACUGGGACCGAGAUAUCCCACUUUGUUGACUUUGGCAGCGGCCAGAAUUAUCUCGGCAGAGCACUGGCCAGCGAGCCCUACAACAGGCAUGUUGUGGCUGUGGAAGGCAGAGAUCACAAUGUUACGGCGGCCAAGGUAUAUGAUCUGACGUCUAAGCUGGCGAUUCGACCAAAGAUGAUGAGGAAUAAGAAGAUGUGGGUGAAAGCUCAGGAAACUCUCACUCCGGAGCAGCAGAAGAACCAAGACGCUAUACGAGCCGCUGUGCAAGAGGUCGAGGGGGCGGGCAAUUUUGAAUUCCAGCCAAUGAACAUUCAAGAGGCCGAAUACGUGGCUGAGGAAGGCAAAGGAGGUGUUCAAUACAUCUCAGGAAGGCUUGAUAGUGGAGAUCUCUCAGAGGUCAUAGAGAGUAUUGAACCUAAAAAGGUUGAGGGCGAGUCUGGAAAGGACCUCAAUCUGAUGGCCGUCUCUAUCCACUCUUGCGGCAACUUGUCUCACUUUGGAAUUCGAUCCCUCAUCAUGAAUCCGGACAUACGAGCCGUUGCAAUUGUCGGCUGCUGCUACAAUCUGAUGACCGAGAAACUAGGACCCCCGACCUACAAGCAGGCUUAUCUGCGACCAAGCCUUCAAGCUCUCAACGGAAGGAUUGUCCGCGAGUCCGAAAAGAGAGAUCCUCAGGGUUUCCCCAUGAGCCAAAAGUUCUCGUCCUAUGAAGAGAGCGGCAUCCGCCUCAACAUCACAGCCCGUAUGAUGGCCUGCCAAGCACCACAGAACUGGACUCGAGUCGAGAGCGACGGCUUCUUCACCCGGCACUUCUUCCGGGCUGUCUUGCAACGCAUAUUCCUAGACCGCGGCGUCGUGAGCCGCGUGUGGCACGACAGCAACGGCCAGGAUGACAACAAGGAUAGAGAGGCAACCCCUUUCAACAUGAGCACCAACCCCGUGGUCAUCGGGUCGCUCCGCAAGAGCUGCUACGCAUCAUUCAAGGCCUACGUGCGGGGAGCGGUGGAGAAGCUGACGACGAGCACCGAGUACAAGCAGUAUGCUGAAGUGAUGAAUGAAAAGAUGGCGGGCAUCACGGACGAGGAGAUUGAGAAGUACGAGGCCCAGUACUUGCCGCGCAAGAAGGAGGUCUGCGUCAUUUGGUCGUUGAUGGCGCUGAGCGCGGCGGUAGUGGAAUCGCUCAUCGUGGCGGAUCGGUGGACGUUCCUAAAAGAGCAUAAAGACGUUGUCAAGGAUGCAUGGGUGGAGACGGUGUUUGACCAUGGCGAGAGCCCACGGAAUCUUGUCGUUGUUGGGAUUAAGAAGGAUGGCGUUCAAUCAUAG